GCCCUUUAUUUAACACAAAGGCGCAAUUACAUAAGGCGUUGUUCCGUAAGCUAAUUAAAACAAAUAAAACAAAUUACUAUUUAAUCCUAUAUGUAAACGAUUUCUUUCAUAAAACAAUAACCACUAUUGACCGCAAGAUGGCAGCAAUGAUACUUUACUUAAACUCUACACGUCGACGUUAUCACUAUCAUUCUGGAUAUUGCAUGCCGCUGUCGCCGCCAAUGUGUUGUUCGUUUGAAUGGCAAGAGGGUAAGAUAGGGUUAAAAUAGCCCCGUCUACCGUCCGUGUGUGAAUUAACUAAGAUACUGGAGACAUCCAUUGGUUACAUCUCACAAUCGCCCGGUGGCAGACCUAGAGACGGUGUUCAUUGAAAGAAGUCGACGUCAACCAGCAGCUUCACCGGUUCACUGAGCUCCUGAGGAGUCCUCUAUUGUCUUCUGGCAUUUUCAAGCUAACAGCUUGCUUUUCAGCCUGUGUCAGCCUCCCCCUCCUCCAAUUACUUUGUGUGAAGAUCACUGCUGUUCCAGCCAGUGAAAAAGCCAUGCUUAUGUGGUUCCCUAAUGGCAGUGUCACAACCACCAUCACCUCAGUCCAGUCAAAGAUGAUAUUUGUUGUGGCCCUGGCUGUGUUGCUCUGUCCUUUGGACUUUGUGACAGCUCAGGGAGAAAGCCAGAAUCUGUCUCCUGCCCAGGUGCUGCAGGACCUGUUGGCCAGAUAUGGCGACAACACCACCAUCACAGUGCCCCAGCUACGGUCUUUGCUGUCCCUUCUCAGCCAGGAUCAGGCUGAUGGUAUCAGUGGCAGCAAUGUGGCUAACACAACUAACAGCACACUACCUAAAUCCAACAGCUCCAAGUGCUUGCCCUCAGACACAUUGGCUAUUUACAGCAUAAGUGAGCAGUCACGGCUGGACGGACAAGGUUUGCAGGAGCUUUGUCCAACCAUGCUGCAGCAGCUUGGUGCUGGUACCUGCAGGAUGCAGACAGAUGAGACGUCGAGCAGCGACAUCUCCCCCAGGCCCUCAGAUGCUGAAGUGUGGGGCUUUUCUUUCCUGGCUGUGACAGUGGUCAAUGUCUUCGCCCUCACCGGGAUCUUUAGUGUGCCGCUGAUGAAGUCACGCUAUAUGAAAGCCACCCUCACCUUUUUCAUCGCACUUGCCAUCGGCACACUGUUCUCCAGUGCUGUGCUACAGCUUCUGCCAGAGGCCUUCGGAUUUGACCCCAUGGUGGAUUUGUAUGUAUCAAAGUCUGCAGUGGUGUUUGGAGGCUUUUACCUUUUCUUCUUCACUGAAAAGGUCCUGAAAGUGCUUCUCAACCGGAAACAUGGGAGCCACGGCCACAGUCAUUAUCCAAGUGCACCUGAGAGGGACCUGGAGGAUGGUGAGAAGGAGAAGCUCCAGCAGAAUGGGGAAGCAAAUAGUUUGCCUGUGAGCAAGGUGGAUGCAGGAGAGGGUGAACUCAUGCUCAGUCCUGCACAGACACCUCAGGACUCACAGAGCACAGACGGCGGGGGGCGAUCUGCAGGCAGAAGCGCCGGCUGCUAUUGGCUAAAAGGGACCAAUUAUUCAGACAUUGGUACGCUGGCCUGGAUGAUCACAUUAAGUGAUGGGCUGCACAACUUUAUCGAUGGUCUGGCUAUCGGGGCUUCGUUCACAGCCUCCGUCUUUCAGGGCAUCAGUACCUCUGUGGCCAUCCUGUGUGAGGAGUUCCCCCAUGAGCUGGGGGACUUUGUGAUCCUUCUGAAUGCCGGCAUGAGCAUACAGCAGGCUCUAUUCUUUAACUUCCUGUCAGCCUGUUGUUGUUACCUGGGUAUGGGUUUUGGCAUUUUGGCUGGAAACAGCUUUUCCCCAAACUGGAUCUUCGCACUUGCAGGAGGAAUGUUUCUCUAUAUUGCUUUGGCAGACAUGUUCCCAGAGAUGAACGAGGUGUGUCGUGAGGAAGAGGACGCAGGCGGCAGCAGCUUUCUGCUCACCUUUGCCAUCCAGAAUGCUGGUCUGCUGACAGGCUUCUCCAUCAUGCUCCUGCUCACCACCUACUCUGGACAGAUACAGCUGGGCUAACACCACGCUGCUCUGGAUCAACAACAGCUCUGACCAGUGUGGAACGGAACAGGGGACAUCAGCUGGUGUUUGCUGUUGGAAAAAUAACAAGAGAGAAGAGAGAGGGUUAUGUUCCUGCUUUAUCUUCAAUUCUUCUGCUUUCAGAACCCUGGAGUUUUCCAAGGGGGUGGGGGUUUGCUGUGCGGCAGGUACGCACAGAAUUACACCAUUGCUGUUUUUGUGCAGUUCAUACAUGCAGUAUAUAUCGGUCAGAAGAGCAGCCAGAUUUGUUUUCUCAACAUUUAUCAACAGCUGCUCCGUUGACCAACAACCUCAACAUCUAUUUUAAACAGAUGUGCAAUACUUACCCAGUCCUGCAUACUCCUCAGUCCCCAGACAGGCCCCCGCUUACUUCAUCUUUCUCCUGAUCUUUUCCUUCCUUCUUAGUUGCUCCCUUCCUUUAUUCCCAUCUUCUUUUUUAUUGUUCCUUCAGUGAAUGUCAUUGAGCUGAUGCUUCAGCUAGUGAUGCUCAAGUAACUUGUCCUCUUUGGUCGCGUCAUUCCCUCUGGAGGUGGGAAAAGCACAAUCAGGUAACUACUGCUUAAAGCUCAGUAUAAGGCUUUCAUGAUUCCACACCAAAAAAAAAAAAUCAUCAUGGACCUGACCUGGAUUUCUUUCUUUUUUUGUUCGCAUUGAUUUGAAAUUGACUUACAAUUUCACUUGUGUUUAAUGUGUUUAAUGUUUAAUGUUUAUAUGUUUUACACGUGAAAAUGGGAGAAAAUGUGACAUUCAAAGACCAAAUAUGGGCAGAGAAUAAUGAAGGGCUACACAGUGACGGUGGGAAGAGAAACUGACAUUUUGUUCUGUUGAUUAUGGAAACGUCUACGUCUUUCAAAGACCAUAGUGUUGUGGCAUUACGUAGAUAGACCUGACGUAAAAUUACCCAGUGUUCUUAGCUGCAUUUCUCCACAGUGAACCUUUUGUGCCCUUCAUUUAAAGGUAGUUCUAGGUUUUUGUAUUUUUAUUGCCCUUGGUGUUUGGAAAUCUCAUAUACUGUAACAAAUGUACUUUUAUAAUCAAGUCAUAGUUUAAUGCAAGAUAAAUUAUAUGCUGUAAGAACACACACACACACACACACACUGUCAAAACUAAUUGGUCAGUCAUCUAUCUCUGAUAUGUAUGACAUUUAUUGAAAAAGUUGUAAUAUUUUUCUUUUGUUACUGUAGUACUUACCCUGCAUGGCCAGAAAUAUGUGGAAACAUUCUCCACUCUAUAAUCCCUGCAGAGAUGCUUCUCAUUUGAGUUGAAACUACAGAGAUAAACAUCAGCUUUUAAUUUGACACAAUACCCAGCGAUCAUUAAACUUCUGGGGUGUAAAAUUUCAUGACGUCCAAUAGUGAGACAGCAGAUUGCGUCAAACACACAAUUCCUCCUUGGCAUAGCAGGGAGGACUCAAUUACUCUUAUAGUUAUUUCAUAACUCUUAACUGUAGACUCUCCCACUCUCUUGUCUCCUGUCAUUGCCAACGCCUUUUUGUUGACUUUUGUAUCAGGUUUGUGGUGUAGAAGCUUUUCAUGGUUUGCAUAGCUUUCUCACAGCAAGUACAGUACGUUCAACAUUCUAGAAAGGGGUGUGUAUACAUUUCCAAGUUUAUUUCCUAAGGUGUUACACACAAAAAAAACAAAACAAAAAAAACAUGGUCAUUUAAAAACCACUUAUGGCUGUUGCGCAAGCAUUUAUAAAACACCACAGAGUCUGUUGAUUAAAAAAAAACAAAAAC